GGGAAAGUCAAACCCAUCUGCACAAUGAAGCAGAAGCAGCCUAAGACCGAGGCAGCUCCGCACUGUGAGCUGAAAUCCUACUCUAAGAACUCAGACACUCGGGUAUCCAGCAUGGUGUUGGAUCCUGAACAGAAGAUGCCUGAUGAUGAUGCUUCUGGAGACCAUGGGGAUUCUGCCAGUCUUGGUGCCAUCAACCCUGCCUACAGUAACUCCUCUCUUCCUCAGUCCACCAGGCACUCAGAAGAACCCUUCACCACCUAUUUUGAUGAGAAGAUUUCCAUUCCUGAGGAGGAGUAUUCUUGCUUCAGCUUUCGUAAGCUCUGGGCUUUCACGGGACCAGGCUUUCUUAUGAGCAUUGCCUACCUGGAUCCAGGAAACAUCGAAUCUGAUUUGCAGUCUGGAGCAGUGGCUGGAUUUAAGGUGAACAUCAAGGUCCUACUUGGGUUUCUUUUAAACAAACCCAGUACUUCUUCAUACCCUUUACUCUGCCUACUGG